AUGGCGGCCAACGGCGUCCAGCAGGUCUUCGACCCUGUCAUGGCGGCGCACAGCACCAUGCAGUCCGGCGCCAGUCGAGAGCAAAAGGAGCAGGCACAUAAGUUUCUGGAGCAGUUCCAGAAGUCGCAAGAGGCAUGGACGACAACACUGGCCAUGCUUGAGUCCAACUCGGCGGAUGCAGCAGCGAAACUUUUUGCAGCCACCACACUCAAGGGCAAGAUCGUCUACGACCUGCACCAAGUGCCCCGCACGCAACUGCCAGAACUGCGGGCCUCCAUCAUGCGGAACCUCGCGACAUUCCAUGCUGGCCCAAAGCCCAUCAGACUGCAGUUGUGCGUGUGUCUGGCAAAUCUGGCCAUUCAGAUGACGGAAUGGAAGGACGUCCUCAAAGAUGUCGUCAACGCGCUGGGAACAGACGCAGCCACCCUACCUUGCGUUCUGGACUUCCUCCGCGUUCUCCCCGAAGAAGUCACGCAUGGACGAAAGAUCGCACUCACAGAACACGAGUUGACUAUGAGGACAAGUGAAUUGAUCGAAGACAAUGCACAGCAAGCUUUGGAACUUCUGAUUCGAUACGCGACAUCAUCUCCGGCUGCUGCUCAGAAUCCUCAGCUACUCAAUUGCAUCACUUCUUGGAUACGGGAGAUACCGCUCGACUCCAUCAUCAACUCGCCUCUCUUGAAAGUCAUCAUGGAUGACUUAUCCCACGACGAUCCCUUUGACGCCGCUGUCGAGUGCUUGAGCGCCCUCAUCUCGGAGACCCGUGAUGUCGACGAGACAUUGCAAUCUAUCAUGGCUCUCUAUCCUCAGGUCAUCGCCCUCCAGCCCAAAUUGGCUCAGACUGCACAGGAUGACCCCGAGCAAUUCAAGGGUAUUGCAAGAAUUUUUGCGGAAGCUGGGGAGUCUUGGGUCCUUCUGAUCGCACGCCUGCCUACCGAAUUCCGGGCCCUUGUCGAAGCAAUCCUUGCCACAGCUGCGCUCGAUAAGGAAAAGGACGCGAUCUCACAUACUUUCAAAUUUUGGUAUGACCUUAAGCAGUAUCUUACCAUCGACAAGUAUGCCGAGGCUCGCAUGCAAAGUGUAGACAUAUACUCGAAGCUCGUGGACAUCAUGAUAGGCCAUCUCGAGUUCCCAAAGCCAGAGAGCGGUGAUGAGAAGGAUCUGUUCGAAGGCGAUCGUGAGCAAGAGGAGAAGUUUCGUGAAUUUCGACACCAGAUGGGGGACGUACUCAAAGACUGCUGCGAGGUCAUGGGCGUCGUUGAGUGUCUCCAGAAACCAUACGAUCUGAUACAGCAAUGGGUGCAGAUCUAUGGAGCUCAGGCUAGCCCGAACAAUGUUCCCGAAUGGCAAAAGUUGGAAGCACCAUUGUUUGCUGUGAGAGCCAUGGGACGUAUGGUUCCGCCAGACGAAAAUGUCAUGCUGCCACGCCUGAUUCCACUCAUUGUAGCAAUACCCGACCACAACAAGCUGCGAUUCCAAGCUGUCAUGGCCUUGGGACGGUAUACCGAAUGGACCGCACAGCAUCCGGAAACACUGCAGCCUCAACUGGAUUUCAUCAUGGCAGCUUUUGAUCAUUCCACCAAGGAUGUAAUCAGAGCUGCUGCACUUUCAUUCAAGUUCUUUUGCAACGACUGUGCUGGCUUACUGGUCAACGUCGUUGGCCCACUACAGCAAUUCUACGAGAAGCACUUGAACAGCCUUCCGAUGAGCAGCCAGGAAGAGAUUACUGAAGGUGUUGCUUCAGUAGUUGCCAAGGUCCCCCAUGACCAAUUAUACCAGACACUCAAGGUGUUCCUCGAUCCUGUCAUGCAACACCUGGUCACCAUCGCCAAUCAAGCCAAGGAUGAACCAGAGCAGAAGCUUCUGGCCGAUAAAAUCAACCUUUUGACUAUAUUCUUCGAAGUGGUCAGGCCGGAGAUACCGACAGGGCAGGAGCAUCCAGCCGUCAAGUACUGUCAAGAAAUCUUCCCAAUGCUCGGAAACAUCGUCAGUCAUUUCAACAAAAGCAUACCAAUCCUGGAACGUGUAUGUCGGUGCUGGCGGUACAUGGUAUUAUCUUACCGAACUGCUAUGCGCCCACUUCUCGCAGAUCUUGCAUCCAAGCUCAUCGAGGGCUUUGGCACUUCAAGGCAAGGCUGUUUUCUCUGGGCAACUGCUUCGAUUGUCCGCGAAUUCUCACAAGGGGUUGAUGAUGUUGACGCAGGCAUGGCAAACAGUGUCUACCAGUUCUACGAGCAGCAAGCCAAGACCUUCUUGAGGAUACUAAGCGACUUGCCACCGGAGGAGCUUCCUGAUCUUAUCGAAGACUUCUUCCGUCUGGCUGCUGAUAUGGCUCUGUACUUCCCUUCGGAGUCGAUCAUGUCAGAUCUUAUGGAAACUAUCCUCUCAGCCGCGUGCAGCUCCCUCGUGUUGCUCAAAGAAGAUCCGAUUAUCGCUGUCCUGCACUUCCUCCGCGAUCUCCUUGGUUACGGUCGCAAUUCGUCACCGUCAUCUAGUUUUGACAACACACGCCAUGAUGUGCCCGAACAGUUGCAGGCGCGCGUGAAGCAACUCGUCUUGACCGCUGGUCCCGUACUUGUACAGCGCAUCAUGACCGGCAUGAUGUACAGCUUUCCUGAAGGAUGCUUUGCUGACUCCUCUGGUGUAUUACUUGACCUCUUUGAACUCAUGCCGGAACAGGUCGCGCAGUGGGUAGCUGGAACUGUUUCUAUGCUGCCGCCGGGCAGCAUCACACCCCAAGAGAGCGAACGCUUCCUCAACAACAUCCGACAACGAAUCCAGACUGGUGAUGUCAGGAUGAUAAGGACGAUCUUGCAAGACUUCACCACGAGCUACCGCCGGCGCAAUGUCGCGCCACGCGAGGGCCUCGGUAGGCUUGAAGCAUCACGAUUCAGAUUCUCCGGCUAG